AUGACUUCAGUUCUUCUUGGGGCAAUCUUGAUUGUUUCAUUAAUUUCCAAACUUGGCACAGCUGUAGAUGCAGGGCUGAUGCCAUCUGGUGUGACUCCACAGAAUGAGAGAUAAAAUUUACCCAAAGCGUGCGUGCACUCACUGGCUUUUCUGGGAAUGACAAGGUGCCAGGAUUUGUUUUUGGUAUACUUGCAGGGGUGGAAAUUUGGAAUGAGGUUCCAAGAUGGUUUUGCAACUCCUCACAACCAGAACGAAGACACUCAAAGGGAAAGCAGAGACUUCGGGCUUGAAUGUGCUUCCUUUUGA